UAAAUAAAAAUAAUUUUUAAUCAAUAAGUAUCAUUUCCUUCAGUUUCACAAGUUUUAUAGGCAACCAAACUCACCCAAAAUGUCUGAGAAAAUGCCAAGUAAACAUUGUGCCUUGAUUUUCAUUCAGUUUGACAUUGCAACGAUAAAAAAACAUUGAAACGCUGAUAAGAGCGAUAAGUGCACCGUUCACAAAUAAUUAAAUAAAGCGUGUAAAAGGAGUCACAACCUGACGAAAAUAUCGCUGCCAGACAUUUAAUUUUCCACGUCGAUAGAAUGGUUGCAAGCAGAUGAAUUUUACUAAAACCCAUGCAUUUAAUGAAAAAACAUGCCUUUGAAUGUUUAAACUGGGUCUAAAUGUGUAUCAACUGCAGCAAUCAUGUUCAGCACAGAAAACCUUAGAGAAUUAGUUGCAGUCUCUGCCUCUAUUUGUACAAUUUUACAAUUUUUAUCUGGCACGCUGGUUUGUCAAAAAUUUAUACAGAAAGGCUCAACUGGUGAUACCUCUCCAUUCCCAUUUAUCAGUGGUUGUUUAUCAACCAGUGUCUGGUUAAGAUAUGGUUUCCUCAUUCAGGAACAUUCAAUUAUCCUGGUGAAUACCAUUGGUGCUACAUUAUUCUUUGCAUAUGUUGUUACAUUUUACAUGUACAGCCUGAAAAAGUCAGCUGUGGCUAAACAAUUUCUUGUUUGCAUAUUAGUAUUAAUUGCAAUACUUACCUACUCAUCAAUGGGAACUGAUAGUGUAGAAGGUUUAGAAGUGACAAGAAACAGAGUUGGCACAGUGUGCUGUAUCAUGAGUAUUGUGUUCUUUGCAGCGCCAUUUUCAUCAUUGUUGCAUGUCAUCAAAGUGCAGAGUUCAGAGAGUUUACCAUUUCCAUUGAUUAUGGCUACUUUUGUAGUGUCUUGUCAAUGGUAUGCAUAUGGGUGCUUAAUUAAGGAUACAUUUGUACAAAUUCCUAACUUCAUGGGAGCAGUACUAUCAGGGCUACAAUUAACGUUGUUUUGCUUGUUUCCCAAGAAAUAUAAACCUCUAGAGCAAAUCUAAUUGGAAAAUUGAGGAUAUGUGGUUCAGAUGUGAAUUCAAGACUGUGCCUAUUGGAAUUGAGGCAUUUUCUGUAUUAUAAAUGUUGUAUUACAAUAAUUAAGAAUGAUAUUGCAAAGUUCGAAACAAAAAUUACAUUAUUUUUAAAUAUCUAAA